AUGGAGGAUAGAAAACCAACUUCAAUAUUCACUGACCAGGACCAAGCAAUGGCAAAUGCUAUACUGGAGGUGAUUCCUAAUACAAGACAUAGACUUUGUAUAUGGCAUUUGGAGCAAAAUGCCAUAACCAGAUUUGGAGCUCUUAAAAAAGACAAAGAAUUCAAAUUUGCAUUCAACCAGUGCUUAAAGAUGUGUGUGACAGAACAAGAAUUCGAAGCAAAGUGGCAAGCAAUGUUGCAAAAAUAUGAGUUGACAGAACACUCUUGGUACAAAAGAGUGUAUGAGUUGAAAGACAAAUGGUGUCCUGCCCUUUGUAGAGAUUUCUUUUCAGCGGGGAUCUUAUCGUCACAAAGGAGUGAAAGCACUAAUCAUGCCAUAGGAUUCAGAGCAAGUAAAGCAACUACUUUGACAGAAUUUUAUACCAUAUUUAAGAAGACAACUAAGCGUUGGAGAAGCACAGAGAAAUAUGAUGAGUUUACCUGUAGCAAGUCAAUAGCAUUCACUUCAUUGCCUCUAUUUGGAAUGCUAAAGCAUGCUGCACAGGUUUUCACUUUAUCACUCUUUAGAAAUUUUGAAGAGGAGUUUGGAUACUAUAUGGCAACAACUGUUCAGAUUUUAGGCAGUAAUGAAGAAUGCCUACUUUAUCAAGUAACACUAGAAGACAAGCCAUGGUCUGCACAUCAAGUAAACUAUAUACAAGAGAGCCAAACUGUAUGGUGUACUUGCAAAAACUUUGAAGCAUCUGGAUGGUUAUGUUAUCAUUGCAUCAGAAUUCUACAUUUGCAUUCAGUAACAAGAAUACCAGACAAGUAUGUUUCAAAAAGAUGGACUAAGUUUGCAAAAACAGAGGCAUGGGAUAGGUUGAAGAAUCAGGAUCCUAAACAGCAAUAUAUUCCAUGGAGGCAAACAAUGAUGAGGAAAUACUACAAUCUAAUCUUAAAAAGUCAAGAAAAUGAAGAGACAAGAGCAUUUAUGGAAGAAAGCUUCAGAAACAGUCUUAAAAUGGUGGAAGACUUACUUGCUAGUGCUGCUCAGAAAGAAAGUGCAGAAGCUGCUUCUAACAUUCUUGAUGUGGCAGACAACACUCAAAGCAAUACUGACGCUUCUUCAGCAUCGAGUACAAGCACAUGUGUACCAAUAAUUCUUGAUCCUAAAAGGGCUGUAGCAAAAGGAAGAAGAAAGAGAGCAAAAGGAGGACUUGAAAAAAGCAAGAGAAAAAGAAAACCAGCACUGCCACCUCCAAAUUCAGAAUUUGGAUCAAAGACACCUAACUUACGACUCUUUUAA